CGCCGUGGUGUCCGCAGGUCGCCUAACGGCCGCAGCCUCGCUCGGACCCACGCACGGAGACGCGCACCCUCUCGGGGACCCAAACGCCGGUGUAGAGGCGCCUCCUCUCGCCGGGCGGCGCUGCUCAGGCCCACCCCUCUGCCCGCCCCGGGGUGGCGCGGGGAUCGCCGGCGCAGCCGCUCCGGCUCCGGCUCGCGCUGGACUGAGUGCGGGAUAUGCUGGGCAAGGAUUACAUGCUGGCCAUCAUUUUGGUCAACUGCGAUGAUGACUUAUGGGGAGACCAGAGUCUGGAAGGGGAACCAGGCCUGCCCCCUGGCUGGAGGAAGAUCCACGAUGCCGCAGGAACUUAUUAUUGGCACGUACCCAGCGGUAGCACGCAGUGGCAGCGUCCAACCUGGGAGCCAGGAGAUGCAGACGACCCAGGCAAGGAGACCGCUGGAGUUUGGGGACUGCGGCCCCCCAAAGGGAGAUCCUUCUCCAGCCUGGAGAGCUCACUGGACCAGAGUAACUCGCUGGCCUGGUAUGGUGAAGAAUCCUACAUCCAGAGCAUGGAGCCAGGGGCUAAGUGCUUUGCAGUCCAUUCUCUCGGCUGGGUAGAGGUACCCGAGGAGGCUCUCGCACCAGGGAAAAGCAGUAUCGCAGUCAAUAACUGCAUCCAGCAGUUGGCCCAAGCCCGCAACCGGAACCAUCCUCCAGAUGGUGCCUGGGGUGAGGGCCAAAACAUGCUGAUGAUCCUGAAGAAGGAUGCCAUGAGCCUGGUGAAUCCCUUGGACCACAGUCUGAUCCACUGCCAGCCUCUGGUGCACAUCCGUGUAUGGGGCGUGGGCAGCUCCAAGGGCCGUGAUAGGGACUUCGCUUUUGUGGCGGGUGACAAAGAUAGCUGUAUGCUCAAGUGCCAUGUGUUUCGCUGUGACGUCCCUGCCAAGGCCAUUGCCAGUGCCCUGCAUGGGCUCUGUGCCCAGAUCUUGUCUGAGCGAGUUGGGGUCAGUGGUGAGGCUCCUUGCUGCUCCCCGGAUCCCAUAACCUCUGAAGACCUGCCACGGCAAGUGGAGCUGCUGGAUGCCGUGAGCCAGGCUGCUCAGAAGUAUGAGGCGCUGUACAUGGGGAGCCUGCCAGUCACCAAAGCCAUGGGGAUGGAUGUGCUGAACGAGGCCAUCAGUAUCUUGACCGCCCGGGGCGACCAGGAUGCCUGGGUGCCCACCAUGCUCAGCGUGUCUGAUUCGCUCAUGACUGCACAUCCCAUUCAGGCAGAGGCUGGCGCCGAGGAGGAGGAGGAGCCACUGUGGCAGUGCCCUGUGCGCCUCAUGACCUUCAUUGGUGUUGGCCGUGACCCACACACCUUCGGCCUCAUCGCUGACCUGGGCCGCCAAAGCUUCCAGUGCGCGGCCUUCUGGUGCCAGCCCCAUGCUGGGGCACUCUCCGAAGCUGUACAGGCUGCCUGCAUGGUUCAGUACCAGAAGUGUCUUGUGGCCUCUGCAGCUCGGGGCAAGGCCUGGGGUGCCCAGGCCCGUGCCCGCCUUCGGCUCAAGCGGACCAGCUCCAUGGAUUCUUCAGGAGGUCUCCUGCCCCGCCCUCUGCUCAAAGGAGGUGCUGGGGGUGCAGGCGCAGCCCCUCGAAAACGGGGCGUCUUCUCUUUUCUUGAUGCCUUUCGGCUGAAACCCUCUCUGCUCCACAUGCCCUAAAUUUAUCUGGGAAGGCUGGGGAAGGAGGCUCUGGAGCCGUGCCCAGCUCUGUGUACCCCUUCCUUCCGUGGGGACCUGCAGCCUCUUAAACCCUUGGAACCUCUUUGCCUGCUCCUCUGGCCCUUGUCCACUCUCUAUUGCCCAAUUUCUAGGAACCACUGAGAGGCCCUGCACCACACUCCCUUUCCUGGGGUCCCUGUGUUCCUUGCCCCUGUCCAGCCCAGGACAGUUGGCUCUACCUCAGCAACACUUUAUAGCAAAACUAGUGCAAAUAAAACCCCUCAGUGACCUCA